UUUUUUAAAAUAGAAAACAGGUACCUUGUUCGGAUCCUAAGCCGACGUCGUCUCCCCGCUUGGCCACCCUUGAACCAGAGCCGUGCUUCCUACGACUAGUCUUCUAUUUUUCUUCUCCAUUUCACAAUCCAGAGAUAGACACUAAUCAGAGAAAAUGCUUAGAGCAAUCAAAACCACACCUCUCCAUCGAUUUUCCUCCUUAACCUCCAUCUCCAGAUCUAUCAGUACCUUAAUCCUAGCCGAACACGAUGGAGGCGCAAUCAAAUCACAAUCAAUAAGUGCAGUAGAAGCUGCCAACUCUUUAGACAAACAAACUUCAAUUUCUUUACUAUUAGCUGGCUCCGGUCCUUCUCUUCAACAAGCUGCUGCUCAUGCCGCCUCCUGCCACCCAUCGAUUUCUCAGGUUCUUGUAGCUGAUUCGGAUAAAUUUACAUAUCCUUUAGCGGAAAAAUGGGCUAGGUUAGUCCAAUUGGUUCAGAAAAAAGGCGAAUACUCGCAUAUAAUUACUGCUUCGAAUUCGUUUGGGAAAAAUAUUUUGCCGCGUGCUGCUGCAUUGUUAGAUGUUUCUCCAAUCACAGAUGUUAUUGCUAUUUCUGCUUCCAAUCAAUUUAUCAGGCCAAUAUAUGCUGGAAAUGCACUUUGUACUGUAAGAUAUAGUGGCAGCAAUCCUUGUAUGUUGAGUGUAAGGCCGACAUCGUUUGCUGUCUCCGUGGAUUCAUCAAAAUGUAACGAAGCUCCUAUUUCUCAGGUUGAUCUCUCAACAUUUGAUGAAGAUUCUGUUGGUAAGUCUAGAUACGUAAAUCAUACAGCUCAGGAUACAGAGCGUCCUGAUCUUGGAAAUGCACAAGUUGUGAUCACCGGAGGCCGGGCAUUGAAAAGUGCAGAGAACUUCAAAAUGAUUGAAAAGCUUGCAGAAAAACUUGGUGCAGCUGUUGGUGCUACCCGUGCUGCUGUUGAUGCGGGAUUUGUUCCAAAUGAUCUCCAGGUUGGUCAGACUGGAAAAAUUGUUGCCCCAGAAUUGUACAUGGCUUUUGGAGUCUCUGGAGCAAUUCAACACUUGGCUGGCAUGAGAGAUUCCAAAGUCAUUGUUGCUGUAAAUAAAGACGCAGACGCGCCUAUAUUCCAGGUAGCAGAUUAUGGGCUUGUUGGUGAUCUUUUUGAGGUAAUUCCGGAGUUGUUAGAGAAGCUUCCUGAGAAAAAGUAAACCUGGCAAAUGGGCACUUCAACCCUUAAAAUGCUAACGGUCCUGUUCAUCACAUUGUUCAAAUUAAAGAAAAUAAAUAUUAAUAAUACGAAAGUGAACUUUGAUUUCA